GCUGGAGACCAUUUUUAUCAUUUAAUUUACAUACAAUUGUUGAGGUUUUGUACAUAUAUUUCCCAUUUUGUUCUCGUGCGCAAACGAAGUGCAAAAUUAAAACAUUGCCGCUAUCGGUUCACGUGCAAUAACGAGCACUCUUGCUGCCACAGACAAAGAUUUGCUACGAUUUUUUUUCCCCUACUUAGUGAAGAGCCAACCUUGAGAAACACCCAACACAGCAAUUUCAACAGUUUCACUCGUUUGUGUCUCUUGCGGAGCUCUCACGUUUAUUGAAACAACCAUCUGCACACAGACGGCGCCCAUACAGGUCCAUCAUAUCAGCCACCAUGGAAAAGAUGCGGCUGAUGAAGGACAAUCGGUCCGAAAUACUUGUCGGUGGCAAAUAUCGAGUCAUUCGCAAGAUCGGUAGCGGCUCGUUCGGCGACAUUUACUUGGGAAUAAGCAUUCAGAAUGGCGAGGAGGUUGCCAUUAAGAUGGAAAGUGCCAAUGCACGCCAUCCCCAGCUAUUGUACGAAGCUAAAUUGUAUCGUAUCCUGAGCGGUGGCGUUGGAUUUCCACGCAUACGCCAUCAUGGCAAGGAGAAAAACUUCAAUACGUUAGUUAUGGACUUAUUGGGUCCCUCUUUAGAGGAUCUCUUCAAUUUCUGCACGCGUCACUUCACUAUCAAGACGGUGCUAAUGCUGGUCGAUCAGAUGAUUAGCCGCCUGGAGUACAUACAUCUAAAAUGCUUCAUUCAUCGUGAUAUCAAGCCCGAUAACUUUCUCAUGGGCAUCGGCCGCCAUUGCAACAAGCUCUUCUUGAUCGAUUUUGGCCUGGCCAAGAAGUAUCGUGAUCCACUCUCGCGCCUUCACAUUUUGUAUCGUGAGGACAAAAACUUGACGGGUACGGCCCGCUAUGCAUCGAUCAACGCCCAUCUGGGCAUCGAGCAGUCGCGUCGCGAUGACAUGGAAUCCCUCGGCUAUGUGAUGAUGUACUUCAAUCGCGGUGUUCUGCCCUGGCAGGGUAUGAAGGCCAACACUAAACAGCAGAAAUAUGAAAAAAUCUCCGAGAAGAAGAUGUCCACACCCAUCGAGGUGCUGUGCAAGGGCUCACCGGCCGAGUUCUCCAUGUACUUGAACUAUUGUCGUAGUUUGCGUUUCGAGGAACAGCCGGACUAUAUGUACCUACGUCAAUUGUUCCGCAUACUGUUCAGAACGCUGAACCAUCAAUACGAUUACAUCUACGACUGGACAAUGCUUAAGCAAAAGACCCAUCAGGGUCAGGCGAAUCCAGUUAUACUUUUGGAGCAGCUCGAGCCGCGCAACGAUCGCGAUAAGGAGAAAGAGAAACAGAACGGCAAACCUCUGGUCACUGACUAAAGUUGGGCUUUGUGUGCGCCCUUCUCCGGGCGUCCGCUUAAGCUGAGAGGAGGAGCGAAAAAUACAAUAACAACAGCAACAACAAACAUUAAAAAACAAAAACAACAAACAUCGCGGCGGGAGAUAGAAAGUUUCUUAAUAUUGGUGUGGGACGUAAAAGAAAUCCAUUUUUUUAUGCUUGGGCUAAUUGGAAAUGAGGGACUCUCCCCCUCUAAAAAGAAAACUAAAGGUUCGCAUCUCCAUCAGCGAACCUUUGCCAAAAGGAAUAAAAAUCGACGCAUUUCUUCAAUGUUACAAAAAGUGGGUUUCUUUUUCCCCAAUCCAAUAUUAAUUUCAACUCAAUACUAAACAAAUAAGAGAACAAACAAAUGCAAAUAUCUUAAAGAAAAAAUUAAAAACGAAAAAGAAACACUGAAUGAAAACACAGAUACACAUGCGAGACCAUUCAAAAACAACAACAACACCCCCGAAACACACACACCCCCCACGCGCGCGCACACACACACACACACACAACUGAACAUCAUGCCCACAACAACAACAAAACACUUAGCAUAAUAAAUUACGAGAUGAGAAUAUUAUAAUAGAAAGCAGAAGAGAAAGAGAGAAAGAUGUAUGUAUACAUAUGUAUGUACAUCUAUCAGCGUAUAUACAUAUAUAUGUAUGUAUGUUUCACGUAAAUAUAUAUAUACAAGC